CAGAAGCAGCAGGUACUAUAUGGCCCAUGGGAGGGACUUUUGAUCCAAUAAUGUAUAGGGACAUGGAGGUAGUAAUAAGGAAUUACAUAGAUAACAGAAGUGGAAAAACGGCAUCAGCAAAGAGGGACAGGGAAAAGUUAGUACUAGCUUUGUUCUUAGAGGAAGGAGAGAGGUGGCGAACAUUACAGAGAGUGGCGGGAGAUAUAAUUGCUAAUAACAACAAGGCUCAACCAUUGCCUCUGACGGUUGAGUCACCGCUGCACAAACUAGUACCGUUGUACCCAUUGCUAAAAGACAACGUAGAAUCUAAAGGGGAAGUCACACUAGAUGAAGGAGAUAAUAAAUGUAACAAUACUGACAUUAAUUCUAGUAAGAGUAAAGAUGAGGACGAAGAUGGGGCAAGUGGUGUUGAGCACAGUAAUGAAGAUGUGAAAGAUGGCAAUGAGCAGGUUUGCGAGGGGCCUUCUCCAGGAAAGAAAAGGAGAGGAAAGAGAUCAGUAAAGAGAACGAAGGCUCAGAGGAGUGAUAGAGAUGGGGAAGAGAGUUUCUGUGCGUUUCGAGGGCCAGAGGAGCCUUGCUGUAGUGCAGCAUUAUGGGACUCCCUGGCACUCGAAACACAGGGGAGACCAAGGAGAUCACAGAGAGGAGAAAAAGCACCCGAAACUUCUCCAGGGAACUAUCCUAUUCUAGUCGAAGGACAACAGGUCCAUUAUCAACCAUGGGGUUCACAGGACUUGGAGGGAGUCAUUUCUAGACUCCCUAACAUACUUAACGGGGCGUCUAAAUGGAUUAGAACAUUUGAGGAACUCACAGUGGGAAAGCUAAUGGCAGUGGGGGACCUGAAAGCUCUGUUGGCAAGAGUAUUGGGGUUAUCUAAAUUGGAGUUUGUACUGAGGAAUGGAGGGUUGAAUAUACUGGAUGGAAAGUAUGAUGAGACUACACUUGAUCAUUGCAGAGGGGCGUUGUGGGCCACACUCAGGAGGGAGUUCCCGGUCCGUAUGGAUCCUAAAAACAUGAGAGGUCUCCCUAUUGGUGACACAGAGAACCCUGCAUCCUACCUGCAGGCCCAAGUAGACAGAUGGCGCAUGGAGACGGAUGAGGAUCCUGAGAUCCAUCCGGUGUUCUCUGUCAUGUUUAGAAACUCUGUGAUAGAGACACUACCCAGCCAAAUCAAAGCCAAGCUAGAGGAUGUGAUUGGACUGUCUACAUCAGGAUCUCAUAGAGAUUUUAAUGACCAUUUAGUUCAUGCAGUGGAUGAAUAUCGUCAGAAUAAACAAAGAAUACAGGAACAAAGCAAGGAGGUUCAGAGGAAGCUAUAUCAGCUUCAGCUGGAAGAUCUCACAAGGAAGGAAAGAGAUAAGAAGAGACAGGCAGGUGUUUUAGAACCAGCUGCAGUAAAUUCGCAAGCCGCCCAGCAGGGCGCACUUCAAAACCAUUAUCCAAGAUUGGCAUUUUCUCUCCCAGUACAACAGCCUCAGAGCCAACUGUCACCUACUCCACCUGUUACACAUGUACACAUCCAUAAUUAUGGGAACCUCACAAAUAAAAAUAGACAGAAUCAGGGGCCCCAAGGACAGUUUAGAAACAAUCAACAACCAGGAUCCCAAGGACAACGCAGAGGUCCUUUAAUAUGUUAUGGGUGCAACCAGGAAGGACAUUCUAAGAAAGAUUGUUUCACUAACCCUUUUCCAUCCCAACAAGGACAGGGCAACGGCUAUCAGGGGAGGCAAGACCAAGGGAGCUACAACCGGGGACAGCAGGGCCCCUUUGUAGGUCAGGGAUACUAGGGGUGCCCAGAGAAUCCACAGGGGGAGGGUCAGCUUGUAGCAAUCACAAAACAAGCUGAUGAGGAACCAAUACUGCAGGUUCUGAUAAAGUAUAGAGGCACGCCAAUGAUGGCCCACACUGGAGCCACUUACACUUGCGUAGGUCCAAAUUAUGCCUCACACCUCCCCCUGGCAGGAAAAUUCACCAAAACGUUGGGAUUCUCGGAGCACACGCAGUUAAUACCUAUGACAGCUCCAAGGAUGACAGUCUGUGAAUUCUUAUUUUAAGUUGUAUAUGUGAGCGAAUGAGUGAGUGAAUGAGCGAAUAAGUGAGUGAGUGAGUGAGUGAGUGAGUGAGUGAGAAAGAGUUACAUUGAGUUGAGUUAGAGGGGUCAGAUGAAGUGAUUUGUGAAGAAAGGAAAGGAAAGGAUUACUGAAAGUGAAAAUGGUUAUGGAGAUUUGUGAAAGUAAAGGAAGUAGAUAAAAAGAGGUAAAGAAAGUUAGAGAGAAGGAACGUAAGUAAGGAAAACCCGCCGGUGGGGGCUGGACAGAGAGACAACAGAGAGAAAGAGACUGAAUUUGCAUUGUACUGAAUAGAUUAUUUGUGUGCUUGGAUGUACUCUGUAUUUGGUCCCUGAAUGUAACCUAUGUCCACUGUUUUAGAGAAAACAUAGAACCACCACUGGGAUUGGUGAUUCUGUGGCUCUUGGAGACUCUGCAUCGCGUCGGAACACCAUGUGGUAUAGAUCAUUACAUCUUGGUACACGGAGCACUGGUGAGACAAAAGGUUGGAUCAGAGGGAGAAGGUGUCUGAAGAAGGGAGGGGAAUGUAAAGAAAGCAAAAAGGGCGGACGCGGACCGACACAGAGAUGGGUAGAAGCAGUCCCAUCAGAAGACCAAAGUGCGGCUACGGUAAUCAAGGUUCUG